AGCCGGAGCCGCAGCAUGGAGCCCACCGUGGUGCCCGUCCGAGCGACCGAGCUCACCGCGCCCGCCGACGGGCCCUACAGCUUCUCUAGCCAGCCCCGCUCCCUGCCCUCCCGCCCCAAGUACCGAGAGCAGUCCAAUGCCGCCGAGACGGAGAAGGCCCCGGUGCGCUACGGCAACAUCAUGAUCGACCCGAGGGUGGUGCGCGGAAACGUUCUGUCCUUCCGUCCUCCCCCACCGCAGAGUACCGAGUCCCAUACCCUUGAGGUUAAAAGGCAGAGGAGAGCACAGAAACAGCUACUGGCCAGAAAGUUUACACAAGAGCAAGUUCAGCCAGGAACGCCGGAGCCUGUGGAGGGCAGAGAACAUGUUUACGUGCAGACAGAACUGUAUUUGGAAGAGAUUAGUGAUCGGAUAAUAGAGGUUGAUGGAGAGUGUCAAACAGAUGAAUUUUUGGACAGACCACCCACUCCACUCUUCAUACCAGCCAAAUCAGGAAAAGAUGUGGCCACUCAAAUCAAGGAAGGAGAGCUGUUUGACUUUGAUAUUGAAGUUAAGCCAAUCCUGGAAGUGUUGGUUGGAAAAACAGUUGAGCAGGCUUUGCUGGAAGUCAUGGAAGAAGAAGAGCUGGCCCAGCUGUGGUCACAUCAGCGUGCCUUCGCAGAGCUGCGUAAUGCAGAGUUUGCUGAAUUACAGCGCUUGGAAGAGCAGGACAGGCGAAUCAGAGAGGAGAAGGAACGUCGCAGGCUGGAGCACCUGGAAAAGCUGCGGAAACAGAAAGAGACUGCAGAGAAAAUUGCAGCUCGGGCAUUCGCUCAGCGUUACCUGGCUGAUCUCAUUCCUUCAGUCUUCAACAAUCUUCAUGACAGUGGAUUUUUUUAUGACCCUAUAGAAAGAGAUAUUGAGACAGAAUUCCUUCCAUGGCUGAUGUCAGAAGUGGAAGAAACACUACAGAAGAAGGUUCUGGGAAGGACAAUGCUUGACUCUUUGAUUCGUACCGUGGUUGAAAAGCGCUUAGAUGAAUUUAGCCAUCCACCUCCAUCUGCUCAAACAAAGGCACCAGCUGAAGAGCCUGGGGCAACAGAUGCAGCUCCCAAGGUGUCUGGGGAGGCAGGUGCUGCUGACCAACCAGUUGCUGAGAAAGAGGAGACUGACCAACCUGUUGCUGAGGAAGAGCCUUCAGAUUCCACCUCUUCUUAGCUAGAAGAAUAAGGUCAAGAAGGAACAGCAGAUUUGGAAACUGAGUAACAAACAGGCAAGUCGUCAAGUUAAUGGAGACCAGUGGCUUAGAAAUAAGGACUUAAUUCCUAUCUAUUUACAGGUAUUGUGCCCUAGCCAUGCUGAAGGAUGAACCUAAGCAACAGUAGAGCAUUAAAACAUGUUUUCCCUAUGCUGGAGUUGCUGAUUUCAGGCUGAUAGAAUCAAGAGAGAAGUUACUAGUGCAAUGAAUGGCACAGAAAUUCUGUCUCCUUUUACACAAUAUAAUCCAUCAAAACCUGUGAGGUUUACAGUUGAAAAGUAAUGCUGUCCCACACCCUAUGCUAGCAGGUCACGAGAAGGAUGUUGAGAGUAUCAUAAUAAUCUUUGCAAGUGCUUUGAUAAUGUUCUUGGAACAAUAUUUCCUUACUUUCUUUAUUUUGAAAGGUAGUUACUACAGCAAUUAAAUAAAUUGCUUUUGAUUCA